AUGGCAGUUCCUCAAACACAAAUUGCAGCAGUCGUGUCAGCACCCAGAAAGUCCCCAAGUGCACGGGUAGAGAUUACAACUGAACACCCUGUGCCAUCUCCAAAGCAAGGGGAAGUGCUCAUCAAGCUCGAAUAUUCCGGAGUGUGCCAUUCAGAUGUCCAUAGCAUUCGUGGGGACACCCUCAUGUUAACAGACGUCGCAGGUCACGAGGGAGUAGGGAAGGUAGUGCAAGUUGGAUCUAACGUGGACGAGGAGGCUUGGAUGGGCAAAAGAGUGGGGAUACGAUGGCUUUACAGCUCGUGCUUGAAGUGCGAAAUCUGCGCUAUCAAUCAUACGGCUUGUCCUUAUCAGAAGAACGCUGGUGCGAAUGUCCCAGGGACGUUCCAACAAUUCAUUGUCAGUCCUGCCGAACAUGUCACAAUUAUCCCGCCCGAGCUGGACCCCGAUACAGCAGCACCACUUUUAUGCGCGGGAAUUGCCAUGUACUCGUCGAUAAUGAAGACAAAAACCCGACCGGGGGAUUGGAUUGUGAUUCUUGGGGCUGGUGGAGGACUCGGGCACAUGGGGAUCCAGAUCGCAGUCAAGAAGGGACUCAAGGUCAUUGCGAUUGACAGUGGGGGAAAAAAGAGGGAGCUCUGUCUCUCGCUUGGGGCGGCGGACUAUUUUGAUUAUAAAAAGGAUGAUAUCGAUGCUAGGGUCAAGUCUGUUACUCGUGGCCUAGGCGCCCACGCGGUGAUUUGCACGGCGAACAGUGAGUCGGCAUACAUUCAAAGCAUGCAGAUGCUCCGCAGUCUGGGGGUUUUAGUUUGCGUUGGUAUCCCGAACAGGCCGUUUCGACUACCGGCAACCCCGUUCGACAUGAUUGUGAAAGGUCUCACCAUUGUCGGAAAUUCCGCUGGUACAGCAAAGGAGAUGGAAGAGCUACUAAGUAUGGCUCUGGCAGGGGACGUGAAAGCCCACAUCGAGUGUUUUGACUUCUCCUGUAUCAAUGACGUUCUACAAAGACUGGAGAGGGCUGAAAUUGACGGACGAGCUGUCUUGAAAAUCCCUGAAUGA